CGACACGACAUAAAUAUAUCAUUCGGUUCAGUUAAAAUCAUGUAGUAUUUGAGUAAUUAUUCAAUGUUCAAAGAUACUAUUAGACGUCAAAUUAUCUUUCGCAGCUUCGCAGGUCUCAAAUCUUCCACCAACUCUUCACACAUGAUAACAACGACGUUCAUCGCCAACAUGACUUCGGAGACAUUAGGCAAGGUAACAGGGCAAGUUCAUUUCCAACAAAAUGCUUCUGCAUACGAAAAACAUGCAGGCGGCACCAGUACGCGCCUUGCAGCCGCCGCAUUGUCUUACUUACCACUAUUAAGUUAUUCUUCAUCAAGUUACAUCCUAGACUCGGCGACCGGGCCUGGCAUCGUGGCUAAGCUCCUACUAUCGCCGUCUCCAGCAGACGUCUCGGUUCCCGGGCUGCCUGUUUCUCCACCGCCCCGAGUCACUGGCAUAGAUUUCGCUCCCUCUAUGAUCGAACACUUCAUGGCAAACAAAGCCGCGCUGAACUGGACUACAGCCGACGCCUAUGUCCAAGAUUCGGAGGACCUUUCCCGGUUCAAAGAUGCCGAAUUCGACGCUAUCGUCAUGAACCUAGGCAUAUUUACCCUCCGGGACCCGGUGGCCGGCGCCGCAGAGAUGCACCGUGUACUUAAACCCGGCGGCUAUGCAGUGGUCACUACGUGGAAGACUCGACGGGCUGCCGAGGUGCUUCAAGGCGCGGUGGAUGCCAUCCGGCCGAACAGCGGGUUAAAACCCAUGUACAUGCCCCCCGAGUGGUUGACGAAAGAGAAGCUUUCCAGCGUUAUGGAGGUUGGAGGAUUCCCUAGUGAUCAAAUCGGAGUUUUCGAGGCCGAGCCGAACUGGGAGUGUGGUUCCGGAGAAGAAGCUGUCAAAGCGCUCAGCUCGCCCAUGUGGACGGCGAAACUCUGGGAGGGAUGGAGCCAGGAAGAAAUAGGGCGUUGGGAUGGUGAAAUACGAAAGCAACUGAGUGACACAGAGAAGGAGACGGGAAUGUUGGGGAUGUCGGCUUGGAUUUGUGUCGCUCGAAAAGUUUAACUGGAUGUCAUGGCCGAGGUGUUAUUUUGAAGUUUAUGAAAAUUAUCAUAAUCCGGUUAUAGCAUCUAUUUUGAAUUUUAUACUUAGAUUAGGUGGUUAUACCAUCAUAAAGUUAUGAAGUCGGCUCAUCGGUUA